GGGCAGAUUUCAACACCUCAACUCCUGGCACACAUGGCAGCCCUGGGCCCACAGAUACAUCCAUGACUCCAGGAGAUAGAUCCACCACCCUCUUAUCCACAAAGACCCCAGUCUCCACUGAACCCAGCUCCACCACCACAGACAGAGCCACCACCACCAUCCAGGACCCCUCAACUGUCCUCACUAGCACUGAGGGCACCUCACCCACAACAGCAGCCAUCUCUAAAACUGAAGAGGUCUCUACUACAACAGACCGGACCUCAACUUCUGAUACGAAAGAGUCUACACAAGCAGUCAGCACCACUGCGACAGAAACCAGAACUAUCUCAUCAGUCAGCAUAGCAGAGAUUACUUCCUCCCACAAGACCACAGCGUACACUGUCACUUCCCCUGAGUCGACGGAAAAAGACAGUCCAUCUACAGACAGCGGCACGACAACACCCACCACCACACCUGGCCUUAGCAGAGGUGUCUCUCUGUCUACCACGGAAUAUACCGGAACCUCCUCUGUCACCACUGAGACAGGCCGUACCUCAGCUGAUGUCCCCACAGAGUCAAACACAACUCCAGACAUUGUCCCAACCAGCAGCACCAAAGAGCCAGGCACACAUGAAACAACAGCUUUCAAUACAGCUAUCACAGAUACAGGUACCAAAGACAGUGAGACCACAGGUACAGGGAUCACAAAGACCACCAUCCCACCAACUGAUCAGACUUCUCUCCCAGUAACAGAGGGUAGUACCGUGUCUUCUACACCCUCCGCUGCCACUACAAAGGGCCCUGAGACCUCUCUCCCAGUAUUCCAUAGUACCUUGCCCUCUUCCUCGACCACCGCCAAUACAGAGGGCUCCCAGGUCCCCACUACAAAGGGUAAUGUGACCUCUCUCCCAGUAUUCCAUAGUACCUUGCCCUCUUCCUCGAUCACCGCCAAUACAGAGGGCUCCCAGGUCCCCACAACAAAGGGCCCUGAGACCUCUCUCCCAGUAUUCCAUAGUACCUUUCCCUCUUCCUCGACCACUGCCAAUACAGAGGGCUCCCAGGUCCCCACAACAAAGGGCAUUGUGACCUCUCUCCCAGUAUCACAUAGUACCUUGCCCUCUUCCUCAACCACCGCCAAUACAGAGGGCUCCCAGGUCCCCACUACAAAGGGCCCUGAGACCUCUCUCCCAGUAUUCCAUAGUACCUUGCCCUCUUCCUCGACCACUGCCAAUACAGAGGGCUCCCAGGUCCCCACUACAAAGGGCAAUGUGACCUCUCUCCCAGUAUCACAUAGUACCUUGCCCUCUUCCUCGACCACUGCCAAUACAGAGGGCUCCCAGGUCCCCACUACAAAGGGCAAUGUGACCUCUCUCCCAGUAUCACAUAGUACCUUUCCCUCUUCCUCGACCACUGACAAUACAGAGGGCUCCCAGGUCCCCACUACAAAGGGCAAUGUGACCUCUCUCCCAGUAUCACAUAGUACCUUGCCCUCUUCCUCGACCACUGCCAAUACAGAGGGCUCCCAGGUCCCCACUACAAAGGGCAAUGUGACCUCUCUCCCAGUAUCACAUAGUACCUUGCCCUCUUCCUCAACCACCGCCAAUACAGAGGGCUCCCAGGUCCCCACUACAAAGGGCAAUGUGACCUCUCUCCCAGUAUCACAUAGUACCUUGCCCUCUUCCUCGACCACCGCCAAUACAGAGGGCUCCCAGGUCCCCACUACAAAGGGCAAUGUGACCUCUCUCCCAGUAUCACAUAGUACCUUAACCUCUUCCUCGACCACUGCCAAUACAGAGGGCUCCCAUGUCCCCACUACAAAGGGCAAUGCUACCUCUGUCCCAGUAUCACAUAGUACCUUGCCCUCUUCCUCGACCACCGCCAAUACAGAGGGCUCCCAGGUCCCCACAACAAAGGGCCCUGAGACCUCUCUUCCAGUAUCACAUAGUACCUUUCCCUCUUCCUCGACCACCGCCAAUACUGAGGGCUCCCAUGUCCCCACUACAAAGGGCAAUGUGACCUCUCUCCCAGUAUCACAUAGUACCUUGCCCUCUUCCUCGACCACUGCCAAUACAGAGGGCUCCCAGGUCCCCACUACAAAGGGCAAUGUGACCUCUCUCCCAGUAUCACAUAGUACCUUGCCCUCUUCCUUGACCACCGCCAAUACAGAGGGCUCCCAGGUCCCCACUACAAAGGGCAAUGUGACCUCUCUCCCAGUAUUCCAUAGUACCUUGCCCUCUUCCUCGACCACCACCAAUACAGAGGGCUCCCAGGUCCCCACAACAAAGGGCCCUGAGACCUCUCUCCCAGUAUUCCAUAGUACCUUUCCCUCUUCCUCGACCACUGCCAAUACAGAGGGCUCCCAGGUCCCCACUACAAAGGGCAAUGUGACCUCUCUCCCAGUAUCACAUAGUACCUUGCCCUCUUCCUCGACCACCGCCAAUACAGAAGUCUCCCAGGUCCCCACUACAAAGGGCAAUGUUACCUCUCUCCCAGUAUCACAUAGUACCUUUCCCUCUUCCUCGACUACUGCCAAUACAGAGGGCUCCCAGGUCCCCACUAUGAACGGCAAUGCGACCUCUCUCCCAGUAUCACAUAGUACCUUGCCCUCUUCCUCGACCACUGCCAAUACAGAGGGCUCCCAGGUCCCCACAACAAAGGGCCCUGAGACCUCUCUCCCAGUAUUCCAUAGUACCUUGCCCGCUUCCUCGACCACCGCCAAUACAGAGGGCUCCCAGGUCUCCACUACAAAGGGCAAUGUGACCUCUCUCCCAGCAUUCCAUAGUACCUUGCCCUCUUCCUCGACCACCGCCAAUACAGAGGGCUCCCAGGUCCCCACUACAAAGGGCCCUGAGACCUCUCUCCCAGUAUUCCAUAGUACCUUGCCCUCUUCCUCGACCACUGCCAAUACAGAGGGCUCCCAGGUCCCCACUACAAAGGGCAAUGUGACCUCUCUCCCAGUAUCACAUAGUACCUUGCCCUCUUCCUCGACCACUGCCAAUACAGAGGGCUCCCAGGUCCCCACUACAAAGGGCAAUGUGACCUCUCUCCCAGUAUCACAUAGUACCUUUCCCUCUUCCUCAACCACUGACAAUACAGAGGGCUCCCAGGUCCCCACUACAAAGGGCAAUGUGACCUCUCUCCCAGUAUCACAUAGUACCUUGCCCUCUUCCUCGACCACUGCCAAUACAGAGGGCUCCCAGGUCCCCACUACAAAGGGCAAUAUGACCUCUCUCCCAGUAUCACAUAGUACCUUGCCCUCUUCCUCGACCACCGCCAAUACAGAGGGCUCCCAGGUCCCCACUACAAAGGGCAAUGUGACCUCUCUCCCAGUAUCACAUAGUACCUUGCCCUCUUCCUCGACCACCGCCAAUACAGAGGGCUCCCAGGUCCCCACUACAAAGGGCAAUGUGACCUCUCUCCCAGUAUCACAUAGUACCUUGCCCUCUUCCUCGACCACCGCCAAUACAGAGGGCUCCCAGGUCCCCACUACAAAGGGCAAUGUGACCUCUCUCCCAGUAUCACAUAGUACCUUGCCCUCUUCCUCAACCAGCAUCAAUACUGAGGGCUCCCAGGUCCCCACUACAAAGGGCAAUGUGACCUCUCUCCCAGUAUCACAUAGUACCUUGCCCUCUUCCUCGACCACCGCCAAUACAGAGGGCUCCCAGGUCCCCACUACAAAGGGCAAUGUGACCUCUCUCCCAGUAUCACAUAGUACCUUGCCCUCUUCCUCGACCACCGCCAAUACAGAGGGCUCCCAGGUCCCCACUACAAAGGGCAAUGUGACUUCUCUCCCAGUAUCACAUAGUACCUUGCCCUCUUCCUCGACCACCGCCAAUACAGAGGGCUCCCAGGUCCCCACUACAAAGGGCAAUGUGACCUCUCUCCCAGUAUCACAUAGUACCUUGCCCUCUUCCUCAACCAGCAUCAAUACAGAGGGCUCCCAUGUCCCCACUACAAAGGGCAAUGUGACCUCUCUCCCAGUAUUCCAUAGUACCUUGCCCUCUUCCUCGACCACCGCCAAUACAGAGGGCUCCCAGGUCCCCACAACAAAGGGCCCUGAGACCUCUCUCCCAGUAUUCCAUAGUACCUUUCCCUCUUCCUCGACCACUGCCAAUACAGAGGGCUCCCAGGUCCCCACUACAAAGGGCAAUGUGACCUCUCUCCCAGUAUCACAUAGUACCUUGCCCUCUUCCUCGACCACCGCCAAUACAGAAGUCUCCCAGGUCCCCACUACAAAGGGCAAUGUUACCUCUCUCCCAGUAUCACAUAGUACCUUUCCCUCUUCCUCGACUACUGCGAAUACAGAGGGCUCCCAGGUCCCCACUAUGAACGGCAAUGCGACCUCUCUCCCAGUAUCACAUAGUACCUUGCCCUCUUCCUCGACCACUGCCAAUACAGAGGGCUCCCAGGUCCCCACAACAAAGGGCCCUGAGACCUCUCUCCCAGUAUUCCAUAGUACCUUGCCCGCUUCCUCGACCACCGCCAAUACAGAGGGUUCCCAGGUCCCCACUACAAAGGGCAAUGUGACCUCUCUCCCAGCAUUCCAUAGUACCUUGCCCUCUUCCUCGACCACCGCCAAUACAGAGGAUUCCCAGGUCCCUACUACGAACGGCAAUGUUACUUCUCUCCCAGCUUUCCAUAGUACCUUGCCCGCUUCCUCAACCACCGCCAAUACAGAGGGUUCCCAGGUCCCCACUACGAACGGCAAUGUUACCUCUCUCCCAGUAUUCCAUAGUACCUUGCCCUCUUCCUCGACCACCGCCAAUACAGAGGGCUCCCAGGUCACCACAACAAAGGGCAAUGCUACAUCUCUCCCAGUAUCACAUAGUACCUUUCCCUCUUCCUCGACUACUGCCAAUACAGAGGGCUCCCAGGUCCCCACUAUGAACGGCAAUGUGACCUCUCUCCCAGUAUUCCAUAGUACCUUUCCCUCUUCCUCGACCACUGCCAAUACAGAGGGCUCCCAGGUCCCCACUACAAAGGUCAAUGUGACCUCUCUCCCAGUAUCACUUAGUACCUUUCCCUCUUCCUCGACCACUGCCAAUACAGAGGGCUCCCAGGUCCCCACUACAAAGGGCAAUGUGACCUCUCUCCCAGUAUUCCAUAGUACCUUGCCCUCUUCCUCGACCACCACCAAUUUAGAGGGCUCCCAGGUCCCCACAACAAAGGGCCCUGAGACCUCUCUCCCAGUAUUCCAUAGUACCUUUCCCUCUUCCUCGACCACCGCCAAUACAGAGGGUUCCCAGGUCCCUACUACGAACGGCAAUGUGACCUCUCUCCCAGCAUUCCAUAGUACCUUGCCCGCUUCCUCGACCACCGCCAAUACAGAGGGUUCCCAGGUCCCCACUACAAAGGGCAAUGUGACCUCUCUCCCAGUAUUCCAUAGUACCUUGCCCUCUUCCUCGACCACCGCCAAUACAGAAGUCUCCCAGGUCCCCACUACAAAGGGCAAUGUUACCUCUCUCCCAGUAUCACAUAGUACCUUUCCCUCUUCCUCGACUACUGCCAAUACAGAGGGCUCCCAGGUCCCCACUAUGAACGACAAUGUGACCUCUCUCCCAGUAUCACAUAGUACCUUGCCCUCUUCCUCGACCACUGCCAAUACAGAGGGCUCCCAGGUCCCCACAACAAAGGGCCCUGAGACCUCUCUCCCAGUAUUCCAUAGUACCUUGCCCUCUUCCUCGACCACUGCCAAUACAGAGGGCUCCCAGGUCCCCACUACAAAGAGCAAUGUGACCUCUCUCCCAGUAUUCCAUAGUACCUUGCCCGCUUCCUCGACCACCGCCAAUACAGAGGGCUCCCAGGUCCCCACUACAAAGGGCAAUGUUACCUCUCUCCCAGCAUUCCAUAGUACCUUGCCCUCUUCCUCGACCACCGCCAAUACAGAGGAUUCCCAGGUCCCUACUACGAACGGCAAUGUUACCUCUCUCCCAGCAUUUCAUAGUACCUUGCCCGCUUCCUCAACCACCGCCAAUACAGAGGGUUCCCAGGUCCCCACUACGAACGGCAAUGUUACCUCUCUCCCAGUAUUCCAUAGUACCUUGCCCUCUUCCUCAACCACCGCCAAUACAGAGGGCUCCCAGGUUCCCACAACAAAGGGCAAUGUUACCUCUCUCCCAGUAUCACAUAGUACCUUUCCCUCUUCCUCGACUACUGCCAAUACAGAGGGCUCCCAGGUCCCCACUAUGAACGGCAAUGUGACCUCUCUCCCAGUAUCACAUAGUACCUUGCCCUCUUCCUCGACCACCUGCCAAUACAGAGGGCUCCCAGUUCCCCACAACAAAGGGCCCUGAGACCUCUCUCCCAGUAUUCCAUAGUACCUUUCCCUCUUCCUCGACCACUGCCAAUACAGAGGGCUCCCAGGUCCCCACUACAAAGGGCAAUGUGACCUCUCUCCCAGUAUCACUUAUUACCUUGCCCUCUUCCUCGACCACCGCCAAUACAGAGGGCUCCCAGGUCCCCACUACAAAGGGCAAUGUUACCUCUCUCCCAGUAUCACAUAGUACCUUGCCCUCUUCCUCGACCAGCACCAAUACAGAGGGCUCCCAUGUCCCCACUACAAAGGGCAAUGUUACCUCUCUCCCAGUAUCACAUAGUACCUUGCCCUCUUCCUCGACCACUGCCAAUACAGAGGACUCCCAUGUCCCCACUACAAAGGGCAAUGUUACCUCUCUCCCAGUAUCACAUAGUACCUUUCCCUCUUCCUCGACUACUGCCAAUACAGAGGGCUCCCAGGUCCCCACUAUGAACGGCAAUGUGACCUCUCACCCAGUAUCACAUAGUACCUUGCCCUCUUCCUCGACCACCGCCAAUACAGAGGGCUCCCAGGUCCCCACAACAACGGGCCCUGAGACCUCUCUCCCAGUAUUCCAUAGUACCUUUCCCUCUUCCUCGACCACUGCCAAUACAGAGGGCUCCCAGGUCCCCACUACAAAGGGCAAUGUGACCUCUCUCCCAGUUUUCCAUAGUACCUUGCCCUCUUCCUCGACCACCGCCAAUACUGAGGGCUCCCAUGUCCCCACUACAAAGGGCAAUGUGACCUCUCUCCCAGUAUCACAUAGUACCUUGCCCUCUUCCUCGACCACCCCCAAUACAGAGGGCUCCCAGGUCCCCACAACAAAGGGCCCUGAGACCUCUCUCCCAGUAUUCCAUAGUACCUUUCCCUCUUCCUCGACCACUGCCAAUACAGAUGGCUCCCAGGUCCCCACUACAAAGAGCAAUGUGACCUCUCUCCCAGUAUCACAUAGUACCUUGCCCUCUUCCUCGACCACUGCCAAUACAGAGGGCUCCCAGGUCCCUACUACGAACGGCAAUGUGACCUCUCUCCCAGCAUUCCAUAGUACCUUGCCCGCUUCCUCGACCACCACCAAUACAGAGGGUUCCCAGGUCCCCACUACGAAUGGCAAUGUGACCUCUCUCCCAGUAUUCCAUAGUACCUUGCCCUCUUCCUCGACCACUGCCAAUAUAGAGGGCUCCCAGGUCCCCACUACAAAGAGCAAUGUGACCUCUCUCCCAGUAUUCCAUAGUACCUUGCCCUCUUCCUCGACCACCGCCAAUACAGAGGUCUCCCAGGUCGCCACAACAAAGGGCCCUGAGACCACUCUCCCAGUAUCACAUAGUACCUUGCCCUCUUCCUCGACCACUGCCAAUACAGAGGGCUCCCAGGUCCCCACUACAAAGGGCAAUGUUACCUCUCUCCCAGCAUUCCAUAGUACCUUGCCCUCUUCCUCGACCACCGCCAAUACAGAGGGUUCCCAGGUCCCUACUACGAACGGCAAUGUGACCUCUCUCCCAGCAUUCCAUAGUACCUUGCCCGCUUCCUCGACCACCGCCAAUACAGAGGGUUCCCAGGUCCCCACUACGAAUGGCAAUGUGACCUCUCUCCCAGUAUUCCAUAGUACCUUGCCCUCUUCCUCGACUACCGCCAAUACAGAGGGCUCCCAGGUCGCCACAACAAUGGGCCCUGAGACCUCUCUCCCAGUAUUCCAUAGUACCUUUCCCUCUUCCUCGACCACUGCCAAUACAGAGGGCUCCCAGGUCCCCACUACAAAGGGCAAUGUGACCACUCUCCCAGUAUCACAUAGUACCUUUCCCUCUUCCUCGACCACUGCCAAUACAGGGGGCUCCCAGGUCCCCACUACAAAGGGCAAUGUGACCGUUCUCCCAGUAUCACAUAGUACCUUGCCCUCUUCCUCGACCACCGCCAAUACAGAGGGCUCCCAGGUCCCCACUACACAGGGCAAUGUUACCUCUCUCCCAGCAUUCCAUAGUACCUUGCCCUCUUCCUCGACCACCGCCAAUACAGAGGGUUCCCAGGUCCCUACUAUGAACGGCAAUGUGACCUCUCUCCCAGUAUCACAUAGUACCUUGCCCUCUUCCUCGACCACCGCCAAUACAGAGGGCUCCCAGGUCGCCACAACAAUGGGCCCUGAGACCUCUCUCCCAGUAUUCCAUAGUACCUUUCCCUCUUCCUCGACCACUGCCAAUACAGAGGGCUCCCAGGUCCCCACUACAAAGGGCAAUGUGACCACUCUCCCAGUAUCACAUAGUACCUUGCCCUCUUCCUCGACCACCGCCAAUACAGAGGGCUCCCAGGUCCCCUCUACAAAGGGCAAUGUGACCUCUCUCCCAGUAUUCCAUAGUACCUUGCCCUCUUCCUCGACUACCGCCAAUACAGAGGGCUCCCAUGUCCCCACAACAAAGGGCCCUGAGACCUCUCUCCCAGUAUUCCAUAGUACCUUUCCCUCUUCCUCGACCACUGCCAAUACAGAGGGCUCCCAGGUCCCCACUACAAAGGGCAAUGUGACCGUUCUCCCAGUAUCACAUAGUACCUUGCCCUCUUCCUCGACCACCGCCAAUACAGAGGGCUCCCAGGUCCCCACUACAAAGGGCAAUGUUACCUCUCUCCCAGCAUUCCAUAGUACCUUGUCCUCUUCCUCAACCACAGCCAAUACAGAGGGUUCCCAGGUCCCUACUAUGAACGGCAAUGUGACCUCUCUCCCAGUAUCACAUAGUACCUUGCCCUCUUCCUCUACCACCGCCAAUACAGAGGGCUCCCAGGUCCCCACAACCAAGGGCCCUGAGACCUCUCUCCCAGUAUCACAUAGUACCUUGCCCUCUUCCUCAACCAGCACCAAUACAGAGGGCUCCCAGACCCCUACUACAAAUGGCGCUGUGACCUCUCUCCCAAUGACAGAUAGCACCCCGUCCUCAACCCCCACCGCUACCAUUACAGGGAGCCCUCAUACAGACAAAACCACUGGAACAGAGGGGACUACCGAUUCUACAACCCCAACUGUCACUCCAGCCUCGCCCCCCACCUCCAGCCCACCCUCUCCAGGCUCAACCCAAACCCCAGUUAGCAGCACUGCUGUCCCCAUAGAUACCUCCACCACCACCCCUGCCCCCUCACCCACCAUCACACCUACAGGAGGUACGCUUCAAUAUUUCAUUGUCCGUGUCAUUUGUUGUAAACAUGAUUGUGUCUGUGUUAUAUCUGAAGGAGGACUAAAUUGAAUGCAGCAAACUGAUUAAAAACAAAUAUAUUAUCUUCACUGUGAGAUGUUAAUCAAUGUUGAAGCUUCCUUUCUAAUUUGAUCUUUGUCAUGUCUUCUUUCCUUCUUUUCUUUUACCACAGAAACUCCUGGACAACCAACUAGCAAAACUAGUGAGAGCCCACUUCCUCCUUUCCACACCUCCACCUCCCCUAUUGGUGGAAGCACCAUCCAGCCAGAGUCAGCCAUCACUGCUGCCACAUCCCUGCCUCCACCCAUCUCCAUAGUGUGUCCCUCCACUCCCUGUCCAUACAAUAGCAUCUGUCUCAGUGGCACCUGCCAGUGUGUGUCUGGGACCUUCCUCUUUGAGGGCAGCUGUGUACCAGGUUAGUGCUAGUUGCUAGUGUUAUAAUGAAGACAAUGACAGUGAUGAUGCAGGAGGAUGAUGCUGAUAAUGGCGAUGGUGGUGGGGAUGAUGGUGAUGAUAUUUUUUCCCCUUCAUUUUCAGCCCAAGUGUUCUCUGGAGACCUGCAUCUCCACAAAAUAUUUCAGGAUGAAAUGAGAAACCGGUCAUCAGUGAUAUUUCAGCAAACAGCAGCCAUGAUCUCAGAGGCAGUAGGUCCUUCAGUCACAAAGCCCAGUAGUUACAAUGUAUUUUCCUCUCAGACAGAAUGACAGUGGUUACAGUGUAUUUUCCUCUCAGACAGAAUGACAGUGGUUACAGUGUAUUCUCCUGUCAGACAGAAUGACAGUGGUUACAGUGUAUUCUCCUCUCAGACAGAAUGACAGUGGUUACAGUGUAUUCUCCUCUCAGACAGAAUGACAGUGGUUACAAUGUAUUCUCCUCUCAGAGCUACAGAGGGGGACAAUAAUCCUCUCUUAUCUUAUCUUAUUUUUAGCUGAGAGGAGCCUUGGAAAACAUGUCUGGAUACAACCAAACUGAUGUUGUGCUGCUUAAGUAAGAUUCUCUACGCUACAUUGUCAAGAAUGGUUGUUAUCCAAUGUAUAUCCCACUGGGAUUUGUUGUGAUGACCAGGACAUUGGUUUGACCAUACAUUUUAACAGCUGGCUUAUAAUCGUGAUUAUGUAUGGUCUUUGUGACCCUACAGGCAAGGCAGUGUGAUAGCGACCGUGAACAACGUGUUUAAUCUAGGUUCCAGUGCCACCCAGACUUCGACCGAUGCCGCUAUAGAGAAAGCCAUACAAGUAUGUGGGACGACCUGUGGGUCUAUACUGGAAAGAGCUAAAUUUAACGGUGGGUACUGUGCAUUACUGUUCACCCUGUGUAGAAGGAGUGACCAGCAGGGAGAUUCUUACUACCUGAGAGCUUUAACCAUACUUUCUAUUCAUUAAAAUAAUAGGUAGAUAGGUACUCUAUAAUACCAGAGGGAGAAAAUGUAAUGGCAAACAACAGUAGACUAAAAUACUGACAUUCUUGUACUCUGUAGACAUAAACAAAGUGCCAUAAAACAUGAAGUACCAUUACAUAGUGUCAAUAACAUGACUGGAGUGUGUCCCUGUCCUUUUCCCAGCCACCAACCUAUGUGAUCAGAUCCCCCUACCAUGUGAUCUCCCCUCUACUACUUGUGAGUACAAAGAAGAUGGAGUGACCAGAUGCUUCUGUAAGGCUGGCUACAUCAACAGCCUCUACUCAAACCGCAGCUGCACAGGUGAGUACAAACCUGUCUCUUAUGGGUUUAUGCUCAUUGAAAGGUUAUUCAAGAUAGGAGUCGGUGAUUAUAUGUAUUAGUAGUCUUUGUGUUUGUACGUACUGAGUGCAUUGAAAUGUUACACAAGACACAAGAUAACGGCUUAGCUACCGUAUAAUGGAGCUGCUGAACAAAUUCCAUUUCAUAGAGAGAGAAGAGCAAAGGAGAUACAAACAGACAGACAGAGGCAGACCCAGAGCAAGGUCAAGUACACUUGGCUUAGCUUCAGUGUGAACAAAAUGGGAAAGUUACCAUCAAAAGAAUGCAUUUGCGUUCAUGAAAAUACUUGUGUGUGUGUGUGUGUGUGUGAGAGAGAGAGAGAGAGGGGGUCAAGUUCUGUGUAGACGUUUCUCCUCUCUGACCCAUGGCACUAUAUAUCUCUUUAAUGUAUUUGUCUGCAAAGGGGGCGUUGCCCUGGAAACCAGUUGAAGAAUCAUGGUCAGUAUCUGCCGAGCCAGGGGCUGGAUUAGUUUUGUCCAGCAGGGCAGUUAUUGGAUGGGGAGAACUACUAAACAAUAAGUAAUGUAGAUGACUGUGCUCCCCACGGCCCCAUGGUAAACUACACAUACUGUGUAGCCUGUUCCUCAAAUCUAAAAUUGUACACGCUGAUGUUACAGCAUAUAGCAUCUUCUCUAAGAGCAAGUAUUUGUUAUGUGGCUUAUUCAGCUAAUUUAUUGAGCAAACAUUGGUGAGCUUCACCUGGUCUCCUCUGUGAUAGCAGAGCUACAGUACACAGAGUGGGUGAUAAGAUCACAGUGUUCCUAUGUUUGUUCCCCUCUGUGAAACUGUGACAUCACUGUCUCCAUAGAGAUCCUAUAAUUCACAUCGUUCUAUAUGUAAUUCUAUGGCUGUCUCUCACCUAUGUUUCCUCUUUCUCCAUAGCCUGUCCCAGUGGUCAAAGGGCAGAGGGAGGCACAUGUGUGCCGUGAGUAUUUUAAUUUAAUCUAUUUUUGUUUGGUUGAGACAGGCAGAGUUCCCAUGUUGAUAUUGCAUUAAAGCACAGUGGAUAGCUGCAAAUAACUAGCGCCCCCUUGUGCCCGUACUGUGUAAUUGCACCAGGAACUACUGUGACCUAAGACAAUGUAUUGUGGUCAGAUGAUAUGAAAUGUGUAUCAUGUUUGCUAUUAUUGUUCUAUUCCAGAUGCCCGUUUGGCUGCGCUGGAUUCAACUGCACUGACUGUAAGUUGCACUAAAGCUCCUCUUUCUUAACCAAUGGGUACAGAGAUUUUAUAAAAGUUAGUGUGGUGUUUCCCAGUUAUCUGAAGUGUGUUCAUGUGUGUGUGUAUCUCUCUCUAUGUAGCGGCUCUGUUGGCAGUGGUGGUCAUCACCUGUGUACUGGGGGGAGUCCUUCUCAUCAUGCUGCUGGCCCUGUUUGCAUACUACUGCUGGUAAGAAUAUAAAACCCUCCUCUCCUCUCCUCUCCUCUCCUCUCCUCUCCUCUCCUCUCCUCUCCUCUCCUCUCCUCUCCUCUCCUCUCCUCUCCUCUCCUCUCCUCUCCUCUCCUCUACUCUCCUCUACUCUCCUCUCCUCUACUCUCCUAACCAUUACUCUUAGCUGCACCCCUGGUUCUACACCCACCCUACAAAAUCUUGACGUUAUUUCUCUCACCAAAUUGUAUCAUCAGAUAGACUUAAAGAUAUAGAGCUGUACAUUUACAUUGUCCUAUCUGUGUGUCUUGGAGGUACCAGUCGCAGUCGGUGAAGAAGCCUUCAGCAGACUUCAGCAGCCCGUACCCUGUGGAGGACUUCCAGGGCCCCUGGUCCACCACCCAAGGCAUCACCCCAAUCCCCCGGGCCAGCACCAACUGGGACUCGGCCCCCAUGGAGAUGACCGAGGGGGGUGGAACACACACCCUGGUCAACAAGAAGCCCCACACCAACGGAGCGGUGAGUCAAUUGUGAUUAAGCCUGUAUUCUUCUGGCCUAAUGCAUUCUAGACCAUAUGGAGACUUACUGCUAGAUAAACCUACCGCUUGUACAUUGCCCCAAAUUGUAAUUGUCCUGUCUGCUUUCCUCUCACUGCGUUUGUCCUCUGGAAACCUAAUACGCUAACUCCAAGAUCUUCUCUGUCUUGUGUAACAUAUUUAAGAUGUGUGGUGUCCGAGAUAACGAGGCUGAUUAUGCUGUGAUGAUAAGAAGUCCACUUACACUGUACUUUGAUUAUAAAGGUUUAUUGUAUCAAAGAUCACAGUAUCAAUUUACAGACAUCUGCAGAUAUCUGGAGAACAACGGCCCAAUCUGUUAAUAUGUUGUUUCUCCCCGUCCUUUGUUCAAAACAUGGUAUUUAUCCUAUGUAACAUAAGAUGGGUGGUUUUUGACAGACCAAUCCCUGGCCUCCACAUAUCUCCAAAUGUCCUCUAUUCCAAGAAGCCUAUGUAGUAAUGCUUUCCAGAUGUUUCAGCAAAGCAGAGUAAAGUUAAUCUAUUACACCAUUUGCAAAUGUCAGCAAAAUCAUAGACCUUCAGACACUACAGAUGCUUUGAGAUGUUGUCUCCUUAAAUGCUGUGUGCUACUUGUUAUUUAACUCCUAUAUUACGUGCGUAAAUCGUAUGUAAUAUUUGAGUUGCUUGUUGUGCUAUAACUGUAGCUGUCGUAGUGGAGAGUUAAUGUUUGCUAGUGUUUAAGUUAGCGAGUUAGUUAGCAUGUAUGUGUUCCUUCCCUUCUUUGCCUGACUCCCAGUGUGUUGCUUUAGGGAUUCCACAUUAUGCCUAAACGGGGGAAGAAGGUAAGGUUCUAUGUCUAGUAAAGCUUUGCUUUCCCUCUCCUUACUAAUCAAGCAUAUAAACUAUGCUGAUGAUUUUACUAAACCUACCCUGUCCUUUGACCUGGUGAUGGGAAAGACUGAAACUUAAUGAACGCUUGGUGGAACAGUCAAUAGCUUCCAAUACCUUUUGUGAUCCACCAUUUGGUUUAUGAGGAAAAUAACUCUUAUUGGGUUUCAAUAGUUCAAAAUAUACCGGGAACACAAGCGUUGAUGAAUGGUCCGUUUUGUCAUCUUAAUUUCAUGUAUGUUGCUGUUUGAUUUGUGUGUUUGUGUGUGUGUCUGCAUGUGUCUGCGUGUUCUCUGACAUUCCUGCCUGUCAAUGUUUCAGACCGGGUCGUAUGACCUGACCUCAGACAGCAUGAACACGUUCAAGGGGAAGAACCAGUCUCGCUACUCCUACCUGGUGCAGGGCCACGAGAACCCUUACUUCAUACCUGCAGAAGAGAGGAGACCCGAAUGAGAACCUCAGUGAUGUCUGGAGACAAGGACCUCUAUUGACAAAGCGUCUUAAAGCAGAAAUGCUGAUCUAGGAUCAUUUUUGCCUUUUUAAAUCAUAAUUACUAAAAAGGGGAGACCUGAUCCUAGAUCAACACUCCUACUCUGAGAUGCUUUGUGAAUAUUUGCCAUUGAGAGGAGAGAAGGAUGGGUUAGAGAGAGGAGGGAAGGCUACAGGGAAGGUGGGGGGUAUCUCACAAAAAUAGCUAAAGAUCAAAUUGAGAAGUCACUGACUUCUAGUAACACUGGGUAUAGGUACAUCCUCUCACUGUAUUUGUGUUGAACUGUGUAUAACUCUGUGUAUACCUCAGGAUGUUCUGGUAGAUGCCCUA